AUGAAAAUCACACCACAACCAGCAACAGUCCAUGAAGUGGACAGAUAUGGCAACCCGGUGCUUCACAGCGAUGUAUCUGCGACUAGAAAUCGCGUGGCUAAAAGGAAACCGACAUCGUAUUCCUUGAACAAAGCCCAGCGCAGGCUUAGAAAGUCACAGGACUGUAUCCAGGGCGAGUGCACGCGUAGAGGCUCACUGGGUGAGAUGGUCAAGGCCUUUGGCCAGAACCCGACAUUUCCCAUGACUAUCUUCACUAGUAGUUGGGACACGGAUUCAGAGCAUCCCAAAGUCUACGUGGAACAACAAGUUUAUCAAGGCAUGUACAAUGGUAUAAUUGUCCAUGAACUUGCUUUUGGAGGCAAAAUUCAAGUUGGCAAGGAGUAUGUGUUUCAGGACUGCGGCGACGAAGAUAGGAUUUUGGGGAAGCUUGAUUUGAGGCUCCGUGUUGUAUCGCUUGAGCAGGAAAGCUUCAAUAACUACGUGCAAAGUCACACGACAUACUACGGUUACGAUAUCAAAGACUACUUCUAUUUGGACGGAGGUAGCAUCUCUAAGGAGUCACCGCAUACGACAGGGCGAGAAAUGAAUCAUGCACCUUACAAGAUAUCAUUGAAUGCGAAGGAUCUGCAAAUUCUUCUCCGAGCCAAGUAA